UCGGUCCAAGGGCUGAAUGACCCGCAAAGAAACGGAAGAGGAAGAAGGAGGAGACAACAACAGACUCACGUGUUGGACACGGAGGACAUGCAGGACACGGAGGACAUGCAGGACAUGCAGGACACGGAGGACAUGCAGGACAUGCAGCAGUCUGAGGACGUGUUAGAGGACUGGUUCAUCGAGUCCCUGAAGACGUACAAAGACCUUCACGUGUAUCAGCUGGAACAUCCGACACGGGUCAUCGAGUGGACGUCAGGGAAGACCGUGUGUGUCGCCGGAUACAGUUCGUCUAAAAAUGAAAUUCUGGAGCUGCGUUUGCCGCUGAAACUCUUCGCUGACGAAAACAAGGGUCUCUGUGCAGAACGGGAUUUCAAAGUUGUCCACGGCGGCUUCACAGACGGUCCCGUUCGCCGUCUCAGACACGUCCCAGGAACACGGUGUGUCGUUACCAACGACGGGCUGAGCUCGGACCUGCAGGUCUGGGACCUCGGAGGAGACGACAGCGACGUGAUCAGGCAAACAGGAAGUGUGAAGGGGAGGCGGAGCGUCUCAGAGGGAGGCAGCCGGGUCGCAGCUCGACUCUCGUCGCGGCCGCGAGUUCUUCACGGCGCUCAGAGCGGCGAUGUCCAGCUGAGCGAGCUGACCUCAGGACAGCCUGUGUAUAAACUGGCAGAGUCGGACUCGGCAGAUCCGGUCGGUUCCCUCCAUUUCGUGACCGAUGCCGUCUUCGUCGUCGGCUGCUCUAACGGGAACGUUCAUGUCGCCGACACUCGGACGUCUGACGCUCCUCAGCUUUCGCCUCCGCCUUCGGGUGAAUCCGUCACCUGGUGGACAGACGUCUCGGCGGGUCCGUCCUGUUUGGAUCCGUCCAGCUGCAGGAUCGUCAGACUCUCCUCGUCCGGACUAGCUGUGAUUUCGGACCUGAGGAAGCCGGGAGGCGCCGUGAGUCGAGCUCAGCUGGACGUCCAAACACGUUGCUGCAACGUGGACGACGUCAGAGUGUCGUGGGCUCCGUCGCUGGACGACUGUAUCGCAGUGUCGGGUUUCAGCGGAGCGGUUCAGAUCUACGACACCUCAGUCUGGAGGGCGGAGCCUGAGGAAGUCCGUCCGCUGUUCGAGCAUCGUGGUCAUGCAGUGUCCUCGCAGUCCGACGACGGCGUCCCCGUCUUCGUGACCUCCCACGUCUGGCAUCCUGAGCGGUCUCGGACGCUGCUGUCCGCGGCCUCCGACGGCUCCGUCCACGUCUGGGACUGGGUCGACCAAUCAGCUGCCGAUGGCUGAGAGGAGACGUGACCUCUGAGGAUCUGUGGAUUCCUGCGCCGCCUCCAGUUCUCACAGCGAAGACAUCGAAACGUUUCUGUGCCCCAAAAAUCCAACUUCAACUCAAAACAACGACAAAUUAACAAAGAUUAGACGAGAUCAGAUCAGAAACAGGAGGGGUCAGUUCACCGAGACGAAGUCAGGACCAAGACCAGAGUGCGUAUCCACCAAACUCUUUGGGUGGAGGUUGAGUAUCAGACACAGUUGCCGAACUCGAGAACCAAGACCGAAGACUGCAGAACCGGCGCCAUCCACCAGUUUAAAGAUGAAUGUUUCUGCCUUUUUGGUCGUUGGACACAAAAUCCGACGUCUGAAAAGUUCAAACUUUUGUUCAAGUCUUGUAAUAAAAUGUGUUUCCAUGUUUUAAAAUCCCGACUCGUCUCCGUCUCUUCUUCUUCGUUCGUUGUUUUGAUGAGCUCG